CUUAAACCUUAUACCAAACUAAAACAAAAACCACAACCUUAUAAUUUAUUUUCUUCUUCUUCUUUUUGAAAAAUGUCGUCUAAGCAAAAUGUGAGAAGACAUGCAUUAGAGAAACAUAGAGAAAAAGAGAAGACAAGAAGCAAUACUACAAACGUCUUAUUAUCUAAACAUUGGAAGAAAAUAUACCCUAUAGGGUUACAUAAAACAGGCUCAUCUCUUUCACUUUCUUCACUUUCUUUAUCUCUAUCACAAACUUCAAAUGAUUCUUCACUUACAGAUUCUUCUUCAAUCACUCCAUUGGAUCAGAAAAUCUCAUUAGCACUCCGAUUAAUCGCGGCGUCGUCGUCGUCAGAAAAAAGAGAGAUUCCGGCCAUGAAAAAUGUGGUUCGAGCAGUUAGUCCGACUCGUAAUAAUCCUAGUGAAGAAGAGCUCAUGAGAAGGUGCAAUUGGAUAACUAGUAGUAGUGAUAAGGUUUACGUCCAGUUCCAUGAUGAUUGUUGGGGAGUUCCUGUUUAUGACGACCAUCAAUUAUUCGAGCUUCUUGCGUUAUGUGGAAUGCUUAUGGAUUUCAAUUGGACUGAAAUAUUGAAGAGAAGAGAACAAAUAAGAGAAGCUUUCGCUGGAUUUAAUGCAAACCAUGUGGCCAAAAUGGGAGAGCGAGAAAUUGAAGAACUAAUAUCUAAUACAGAACUCAAUUUAGCAGAAAGUAGAGUUAGAUGCAUAGUUGACAAUGCCAAAUGCAUAGUCAAGAUUGUGAGAGAAUUUGGAUCAUUCAGCAGCUACAUGUGGAACUAUGUGAAUUACAAACCUAUAAUUAAUAGAUUCAGAUAUCCAAGAAAUGUACCAUUAAGAACUCCAAAAGCAGAAACAAUUAGCAAAGAUUUGCUUAAGAGAGGAUUUCGAUUUGUUGGGCCGGUGAUUGUGUAUUCAUUUAUGCAAGCAGCAGGAAUGACAAUUGAUCAUUUGGUUGAUUGUUUUAGGCACAAAGACUGUGUAAAUCUUGCUGAAAGACCUUGGAGGCAUGUAUGAUCACCAAUAUUGCUCGAGCUUUCUGAAAAUAUUGUCGGGUGCAUGUCAGAUCCUCUAAAAAUAAUGUAUUUUUGAGGAUCCGACACGGAUAUGACAUCAUUUUAGAGAGUCCACGCAACAGAUGAUGACUUAAUUUUAUGUAUGUUUAUUGUUAAUUUUAUAAAUCUUUUUUCUCUUUUUCUUUCUUUAUUUAAGCUGUUCUUUCCCACUUGUUUUGCUUGUAUAUAUCAAUUAUGAAUUGAGUGUUAUAAUUUUAUUUC